GCCCCAGUCGCUAGUACAGCCCCGUUCAGUGUAAACGUCUCUGCGCUACAUUGGUGAGCCUGGCGCCAUUUUGUAGAAAAUAGUUCGUCUCUGCCUCGACGCGUCGCCCCAAUCUUUGCAGUCGCUACUACAUCUUCGUUCAAUGAACGCGUCUGUGUGACAUUGGGCGAUAUCUUGACAAGUUGAGGAGCAAUUCGCAACUUCCUUAGAGCAUAUUUUUUCGGAACGCGCAUCAGAAUCAGCCGUGAAUAUGACUGAACUUAUAAAUAAAUAUUUAUUUAAUUCUACAGAAGAACAAAAAUUGUAUGAUGUAAGGGCAAAACUGAAUAUAGCUAAAUGCAUUGUAAGUUUAUGUUUAGGGAACGAAUAUAAUUCCACUUCAAUUCGUAAUGCACUUUUGAACAGAGCUACACGAUACUUUCCACGUAAAUUAUUAACUGAGCUUGUGACAAAAGUAAAUGCUUCGGAGGAUUGGCCUAAAACAUUUAGCGACUGGAUUGAGCAAAUUACAACACGUGCUUCAGGAGGCACAGAAAACAACAACAUUCAUAAAGAUUUAAGAGACACUAUAAUAGAUUAUUACUUAGUUAAAAAAUGUUUACCGACCAGAGACGAUAUUGUGAAAGUAAUAGUGAAUGUAAACCCAUCUUAUUAUAGGAAAAUAUCUGACAUCAAGAAAGGCAUCAAAACUAGUGGGUAUAAGGCGAAACGGCUUCCGCGUUGUACUAAAACUAUUAUCGUAGAAGAUCCUGAGCAAAGUUUGGCGAGAAUGAAAUAUUUAAAAUGUAUAGAACAGUUCAGAAACGCUGGUGCCCAUAUAAUAUACAUUGAACACAAAUUAACCAACAAAAAUGGCCUUAUUUUAGAAAGUUUAAAUUACAGUUAUGAAGAUGCAAUAUUGUUUAAUGUGGCUGUAUCUACUUCAAUGGGAAUGAUAAGCAAGAAGAUAGAAAAGGUAUCAGAUAUUUUUAUGCCAGCCUGUGAAGAUGCAAAAUAUUAUUUACUGACAAAGUGGAUCCUAGACUUUGUUAUCCCACAGGUAUCCGUACCUAGUGUGUUUGUUUUAGAAGAUAAUCUGAAAACUGAGACUGACAUGCCCACGAUGUAUAGCAGUAAAAAAAUUAUAAUGAAGUGGCUAGAACUGAACGAUAUUCCACAUAAUUCAAAUAUGCACGCAGCUGAAUUAUUCGAGCUGAUAAAAAGAUCCAGAUGCAAUUUCUUUAAGAAAAACGUACUGGAAGAAAACUUAAAGUACUAUGACCACAAAGUAUUGCUACGUCCAUGUAAAACACAAUAUUUAAACUAUUUUAACAUUCUCUGGGAUAAAGUAAAAUUUAAACCAAAUAGUAUGAAAAUUGAGUUAUUAAAUAAAUUUUCGAACUGGGAAGAGCUGGAAAAGGCGAUAAUUGAAAUUGAGCAAAAUACAUUAAAAGAGGAUAUAGAAGUACAUAACACCAUUGAGAAAAUAUUAACGAUUGCAAAGCAUGAACGCAUACCUUAUGAUUAUAUAGAAAAGUGUGAUGAGUUUUUUGACGAAAUAACGAUGGAGGAAACUGUACAAGUUUUGUAAUCUAACAUGUCAUAAAAAUCUGCCAGUUAAAAUAUCGGAAACAACGGAAAUAUAUCAUUUUAUUAAUCCUGAGGUGCUGGUUAGUAAAUAACUGAUCGUAGAGUACGUAGUUUACAGUGGUGUGCACUUCAUACAUGCACAAAAGCAGUGCCUACCCAAAUUAUUUCAUAUUACUCGUACGAAAUUUUCCACUUUUCCAUUAAAUUUUUCCAUAUACCUGCUUUAUGCAUACCCUGGCCGAAGACUCUGUGCACGCCACUGG